GCAGCCCGUCCUGCAUGGAAGACAAGCAUCCUUCUGCACUGAAACAGAGUGAUCACAGCUACAAGAGAUCCCACUGAUCUUCUACAAGAUUGACUAAAGACCACAGAAAACAGGUGAGCUUUAAAUUGAUUCUACUUCAUCUAUUUUCUAAUGCCUGUGUAAAUACAGCCUGCUAGAAAACCUUGUUUGUAUUUGAAAUACAAGAGGAAUGUAGAGAGAUGUGAUUUUCCAGUGUUAAGUACUAUUCUUACAUCAAGCCCUGUGACAGUGUCUAGUUAGCUGUGCAUGAGUGACUGUAUCUGUGGUUUCCCUCCUUCGCAGAAAAGAGCCAAUCAGAGAUGAAGUUUCUCACGGUAGCCCUCGUCAUCGUCCUUCUUGCAGCAGCCUCUGCUAGACCCGUAAGCUAACCACUAAGCUCUUCUAUCACUGUUCUCUCUUUCUCUCAGUUUCUGUGUGCCUCACUCAGUAUGCAUUGUUUUACUUUCAUUUUGAAGCUGUCAUUUUUUGUUUUCUGCUCAAAAGUACUACAUUUUUGUAUUUGCUUGAAUAAAUUAUACUUUAUAUAUGAUAUAUCCUUUUUUUAAAAUGUAUAUAUAUGGGUUCACUCCUGUGUUUGUCAGGUUUUAUCUUUCUGGCAGUACUUCACUUAAGAUAAUAUUUGAUCUUCUGGUUUCACUGAUUUUAAGACUGUUACUUCAACGCCACAAAUGGCAAUAGUAAUAGUCAUUGUCACAACCAAAGCAUUGAAUCAAUCUAACAAUUUGAUUUAUUGGCACAAAUCUUUUGUGUGUUGACUUGAGGACUUGUUUGGAUAAGUGUUAUGUUGAUGAGAGCAUCCUUUCAUUGGUUUAUGCAGUUUAUGAAAAUAUAGACUGUGGGUUUACCUGAAUCUGAUGGUAUUAUGUUGGCGGUAUUUGCUUUUACUUAGAUGGGUACUGAUGACUGAGCAGAUACUGACAGAAAUUACCAGUGCAAGUAAAAUUGACUCGGUAUCAUGAAGUUGAUAAAACAGAUACUGUGUUGUGUUCAAUUCCCUGUCAAGAAUGAAAUGACAAGAGAUGGUAAUGUACGACUCUGUGGUGAGACCUGUCCAUGAGUCUGUAGGGACUUUGUCAACACUGGAAAACAGCCCUCAGUUCUUCUGAGCUUUCCUCAUACAUUUCUCCGCCCUUGUAGUUGUUGCUCACUGUGAUGGUGGCUUGUUAUCUGGCUUAACUAAUGCCAUUGGCUAACAGAAGCCUUCCCCUUCUUCAAAACUCAAUAGGAGCCUGUCUCUACUCAGCAUUAUCAUUAUUAGCAGACAUAUCUUCUCUGCUCUGGUAUCAUCAUACCGGCGUCUGCUAACAGGGCUAGCAAAUGUUGUAAUCCAAAAAAAAACCCAAACCAACCUGGCCCUUUGUGAAAAAGGAAUUGUCCCCUAAACCUUAUAGCUGAUUGUGCCAUCCUUGGUGACAACUGGAAUCAAGCAUUUGCAGUAAGUAGCAGAAUUCAUGGUUCCAUCAAUUAUAGCAAGUAGUCCAGGCCCUGAAGCAGCAGAGCCAUCCCAGACCAUCACACUACCACCACAAUGUUUGAGUGUGGGUGUGAGGUUCUUUUACUCAAAUACUGUGUUAAUUUUACCCCAGAUAAAACAGGAUGAUAACAAUUUAAAAAGCUGCACGAUCCUCAAAAGUCUUGGGGAUCAUCAAGAUGUUUUGGUGAAUGUGAGACUGGUAUUUGUGUCUUUUUGGGUCAGCAGUGGUUUUGGCCUUCGAACUCUCCCAUCGACACCCUUUUUGCCCAUUCUAUUUCUUAUCGUUGAAUCAUGAACACUGACCUUAGCUGAGCCAAGUAUAGCCAACAGUGCUUUACAUGUUAGUCUGGGUUCUUUUGUGACCUCCUAGAGAUCACGGCAUGAUGUGCUGCUUUUUGAGAUCCUUUAGUCCGCUUCAUGUUGUCAGACAGGUUCAAUUUAAGGGAUUUCUUGAAUCUACAGGUCUGGGUAUGGCUCAUAAAACUGAACUCGGCUUUCCAUAAAUCAUGGUUAAUCACAGUUAAUUCAUGAUUUAAAGGUGGGGUAGGCAGGAUCUGAGGAAGGUUUACUUGUCAAGCAGAAAGGUUACAGGGUCUGUAAGAUUCCAAAGUGUCCCCCGUCAUUUUAUGUUGACCCGGCUUUGCAGCUCAUGCCCGGUCUACCUCCAUUUUAAGCGCCUGUUAUUCCACCACAGCCGUUUUCUUGCUUGUGUUGGCAGUCAUGGCAAAAGGAGGAUUUAUACAAUUUUCUGUACUUUCUGGUUGGUUUCUACUGUCCGAUAUUGUAGCACGCUAACUUUGUUUCGGCUCGUGAACGUUAUUCGACAAUGUGGAGCGUGCCUCACAACAUGAGGGAGCAGCGUCUGCCUCACAACCAAUCAGGUUAGGGGAGGCGGAGAAUGGCUUUGUUUACAGUCAGAAAGAGCGGGCCGCUCAAAAAAUAUUUAAAUGUUGACUACACAGACAUAACAAAACACAGCGAUAUAGUUAUAUUACUGAAUGUCAUCAAUAACUAAUAACUAUUGACUGAUAUUAAAACCUUUUUUGUACUACACCACAAAAAAAGAUGCUUCUUGAACAGAACUCUGCCUACCCCACCUUUAACAGGAGGGGCAAUUACUUUUUCACAGAGUGCCAGUUUUAUUGUAAUGUAAAUGAAACUAAAAGAAAAAGGAUCUACUCAUGUUUAUGUCAGGUAAAUAAAGACACAGAGUUGUUGAGUGUAAAGUAUCAAGAAUAAAUGGACUAUCUGACUGAAAAUUAUGGACUUUUUUCUGUGGUUACUGAAGGUGAUUUCUUUUUCAUUUGAUGUAUCCUCUGUACAGCGUCGUAGGUGGUGCCGUCAAAGGGCCGACAUUGAGGAGAGGGGUAAAGGACAAGGGAGGCCGAAUGGGCAUGGGCGGUGGUGGCGCUGGUGGUGUAAUAGGGAUUCCAGUCAAGAGGGCUCUUCCUCCGAUCAGUCAAGUGAUUCCAGUGCGUCUUCAGAGUCAUCUGAGGAACGUCCCAUGCCUGAUCAGACCACCUCAUCCAUGCCCACCACUAUGACCACCACUACGCCCAACAUGACGACCACUACAGCCAACAUGACCACUUCCACCUCAAAUCCAGCGAAUGCAACCACAGUUCCGAUGACCACCAUGCUCCCCGUAAACACAACCAUGCCUGUUGUGGCGACGACUCCCACCGGUGUGAACCCAAAUAUGACGGCAGCUCCCAUCACAGACAACAGAGGAGACAGCUGAGCUACUUUGAUUCUCUCUAGACAGAUUACUCAACAGUUAGUUAUACCCCUCAUAAAGAUGUGUAAUUUAAAGGAUGAUUGGGUCUAUUUCUGAGAGUUAGCUACAAUACGCAUCAUAAAAUGUUAACAUCUAAUGAUACAAAGUAGAGCCAAAUCUAAGUAAAUUAGAAUUUUAUUUUCUUGAGGGACCCUCCCCAAAAGGAUCAUUUAAGUUCUAUCUAAUCUAAUAUAAAAGUAUACUAUAAAAACAGGCAGGUAUCCAUACUUCGCUAGUUUCAGAGACCAAACCGGGGCCACAUGAUUUGAGAUGUUAAUGAAACUUUAAUGUUAGCUUUGAUAAAAUUAGGUAGAAGAAAUCCCUCAUUAGCUCUUCUAAUUUCACACGUGAGGUAAGGUGAAAAGGUCUGAUUGGAGUUUAAUAUUAACUUAUCUAACUCUGCAAGCUCACAUUUGAUUGGAUAUGUAAGUGAUGAAUUGAAAAGAACAAUUGUUGAUUGGUGAUACUUGCUUAGAGGGAAGCCUCAUUCUUGAUUGUUUACAAAAAUAUUGUUCAAAGUAUUCACCUUUUUUUGAGCAUUUUAUGAAGGAUUACUUAACUGUUGCAACUGCAGAACAAAUUUGUUUAAUAUGAUGAUUGAAUUGUGUUCUCUGUCUAUAUAUAUACUGGAAUUUAACAAAGUAUGUAGCCCACAGCAGUGUGUGCACGCUUUGAAGGGUGUGUCCUGUUUGUCGAGUUAACUCUUGUCUAUUGUCAGUACUUGCUGAGUAACAAAAAGUGAGUUAUUACCAUACUGGGUUCUUUAAUUAUGGGCUGUCAAAUCUUUCUUUUCAAAAUUUAAAUAUAGUUAGGAGGGC